AUGGCCGCCGUGGCGAACCAAGCCCAGGCCCCUCUGCCGGCGAACAGCUCGCGAAAUGCAUCCACUACAUCCACCCCAGACUACAGCCGCGAGGCCUCCACCUCUGACAUGGCGCAUGCGCCUCCUCCACCGCCUCCUCCCCCACCCACCACUCUCCCGCCUCCGACCAAGGGCAAGGCAAAAGGCAAAAAGGGUGGCGCGACCUCCAAUGACCCCGCCGACGCCCACAAAGCUUUGCUCUCCAAGAUCUCCCAGCUCGAAGCGUCGUCGACGGAGAACGCGCACGAGGCGGCGGAGAUUGAAGCCGAGGUGAAGAAGGCCAACCGUGACCUGAAUCAGCUGCUCAACACGCUCGAGCCGCACAACAGCAAGCUGGACGCGGUGCAGCGCAAGUACUCCGAGCUGCUGAGCGAGAUGAAAAAGGUGGAGCGCGAGCACGUCAAGGCGAAAAAGCGCGGCGAUCAGCUGCAGAAGGAGAAGGAGGAGCUGGGCAAGGAGCGCACACGCGAGCGAGGCCUGCGGGAGAAGCUGGAGAAGUUGAGCCGCGACCUCACCAAGGAGAAUAAGAAGCUCAAAGAGGACAACAAAGACCUGAAGGAGAAGUCGGCGGAGCGCAACGAGGAAUUACAGGAGAAGCUGGAGACGAUGCUGUUGGACGUGCAGGACGUCCUCACCGACCGACGCUCGCCGGAACGACAGAUUCAAGACCUCGAGCAGGACCGGAUUUUCAAGGAGAAGUUCACCUCCUUCCUCCAGCAGUACGAACUCCGCGAGCUACAAUUCCACUCCCUCCUACGCACCAAAGACCUUGAAAUCGCAUACCAGAUGGCUCGGCACGAUCAGCUCAAAAAGGCGCAAGAGUCGGAAUUGAGCAAGAGCCAUCAGCUCACUCGGCAAGUGUCGACGUUCAGUCAGACCGAGAAUGAGCUGCGAGGACAAUUGAAUGUAUACGUGGAGAAGUUCAAGCAGGUCGAAGACACACUGAACAACAGCAAUGACCUGUUCUUGACCUUCCGCAAGGAGAUGGAGGAGAUGUCGAAGAAGACUAAGCGCCUGGAGAAGGAGAAUCUCAACCUGACCCGCAAGCAGGAGGCCACUAACAAGAACAUCUUUCAAAUGGCCGAAGAGCGGUCGCAGUCCCAGCAGAGCAUCGAUCGCCUGACACGGGAGAACGAGAAGCUCAAGAGGCUUUGCCGCGCGAUGCAAACGGGCGGGUAUGCCGGUGCGGCUGGAGCGACUGCUGGGGGUGCGGAUCCCGGUGCCGAUUUCGACGAUGCGCUCGAAGGCGAGACGGAGAGCGAGUACGACGAGGACGAGGAGUAUGACGAAGAUGAGGAGGGCGAGUACGAUGACGACACGGAGGAUGACGGCUUGGACGUGCAACAUCCCCCACCACCCCCUCGACAAUACGGCCCUCCGCCCCCGCCGCCGCCAUCGCAGCCAAAGGAUCUCCCAAACGGCAGCAACAAUAGCAACAGCAGCACCAAGCCCGCGAGAUCGCAGCAGCAGCAACAACAACCCAACGGUGCGGCGGUCAACGGGGCGAGGCAUUGA